AUUUAUUUUAACAAAAUUUUCCUCAGAUAUAUUUCAUUCAUGAAAAAUGUAGCUAAGGAUUUAUACGCACCUCAUCUUCCUCCCUCUAAUCUUCGAAGAGCAAACUCUCACUCUCAGACCUCUAAAACUCUCACUCUCAUACCUCUAUCUCUCUCUUCAUCCAAGAGCUAUGCUUGGAAUCACCCCAACAGUCCUAUGCAACCCCAAUAUUUCAAAAAUCCCCGUGCUCUGUCCAUCAACCAGGCUCAUUUAUUCACACCCCAACACCCAAUUCAGAGAAAUUAGGGCGAGUUUGAGCAGUUCAGAUUCUUCUACCGUCGAGCAAAGUAAAGAAGGAGAGACGCACUUCGACACCAAGCCUGUUAUCUCCUCACCUGUUCCUGCAAAUGACGAAGAGUUAACAAAGGAAUUGGGGGUUUCAAUGAUCACAGGAAAUGAAGAAAGAGAGGGGCGUUUUGAAAACAGGCCUCCACCUUCGUCUAUUUCUCCCAAAAUCGAGAAUGACAUAAAAAAGGUUGUUCAAAAAACUGCUUCAACCUUUGCCCCAAGGGCUUCCACUGCCACCAAGAACCCUGCAUUACCAGGGACCACAUUAUACACUGUUUUUGAAGUUCAGGGAUAUGCUUCAAUGUUGUUGGGUGGUGCUCUUUCCUUCAAUCUUUUAUUUCCAUCUAAUGAACCAGACAUUUGGAGACUUAUGGGGAUGUGGUCUAUAUGGAUGUUUAGCUUAUAUUUUCAUCCAAUGAAUCUGAUAUUCGGAGACCUAUGGGGAUGCGGCCCAUAUGGAUGUUAAGUGAGUAGGAUUUUUUGACUCCCCUUUUAGUUACACUGAAUAUUGUCAACUCGAGCUUUGUCUAACAAUGAGAGACCUGGUUUUCUGGAGAGAUGUCAGGGGUUGCACCUCCCUUUGUGCAAAUCAAGAUGAUCUACUCCGUAAAAGAACUCCAGUGCUUGCUUAUUUUCUAUUUACCGCAUAGUCUCUGUCUUUGCCACUUGUGUUCAUGUUCAAGAGCGUGGGGCCCUUAAGUAAACCACAAGGUUGAAGUCCCAUUACAUGUACUGUUGAAGGAGGUGCAGUAUGAUUUGGUUUUUAUACCACUAGUCACUAUCUUGUUUAAUCGGAUGUCACUCAUUAUGGCUGUCACAAUGAUUUUCUAAGAAAGAAAGUGUGCGGGCUAUUUUAUGCUGCUUAGAGGAAGCAUGUAACAAUCAGUGAUUGUGGUAUCGAGAUCAGUUACAAAGUAAAUUUGGCUCUGUUUUCUUUUGUAACAUUCUGGAUUUAUCAAAAUGAGGGGGAAAGAAGAAAUGAUUUAUUUUUUAAUUAUUAGAGCUUUGUGACUGGCCCAUAAGGGUGCAUGUUUUAGGAGUUUCUAUAGUCCCAAUUAUUGGGAAAAUUUUAGUUUCUCUCAAAUAUGUUAAAUUUUCCAUAUUAAAGGGGUCAUGGGAUUUUGAUAACUUUUAUUUAAUCUGAUUUGCUCCUUAAUUUGCUGUGAAGCUUCAUUGUUUUUCUUUUUCGAUCUGUUUUUCCUUUUGCUUCUUCAUCUGUGAUAAUUCCUUGUAGGUAUUCAAUCAGUGAUUGUGGUAUCGAGAUCAGUUACAAAGUAAAUUUGGCUUUGUUUUCUUUUUUAACAUUCUGGAUUUAUCAAAAUGAGGGGGACAGAAGACAUGAUGUAUUUUUUAAUUAUUAGAGCUUUGUGACUGGCCCAUAAGGGUGCAUGUUUUAGGUGUUUCUAUAGUCCCAAUUAUUGGGAAACUUUUAGUUUCUGACAAAUAUGCUUAAUUUUCCAUAUUAACGGGGUCAUGGAAUUUUGAUAACUUUGAUUUAAUCUGAUUUGCUCCUUAAUUUGCUGCGAAGGUUCAUUGCUUUCCUUUUUCGAUCUGUUUUUCAUUUUGCUUCUUCAUCUGUGGUAAUUCCUUGUUGGUAUUCGCAGCAAUUCCUUCCCUGCGAGCACGUGACUGUUCCAAGAAUGAGAAGGAAGCUCUAAACUAUCUGUUUCUUCUAGUCCCAUUACUAAAUGUUUUGCUUC